UCUCCGUCAAAGCAUCGUUUAUGGCCGCGUCUAGACGUUUAUCGUCGGAUACCAACUGCGCCAAGCCACUUGGUGUAUGCGUCGCCGCGAGAUUGAUUUUCGGGAAGGUUGGAGGGCGUGUUGGCCGUCCGGCUCCUCAUUCUGUGGUCAUGUCAGCAUCAUGGGAGGGUGUAUCUCACAGAUCAUCCUCCCGUCCAGGUUGUAUUCCAUAACGAACUGCAGGGUGGGGACAUACACCAGCGUCAAUAAACCCUCAUCUGUUCACUCAACAAUACAAUUAAUAUAACUAAAGACACCUGAUCAUCUCUGAAAUUUCCCCGCAUUUCCAGAACCAAACUAGUCAUUAAACCAAUCCCAACGCGUGUCUAAU